GGCGGCAUCUUCUCGCCCGACGUGCUCAAGAUCACCGACGCCGACCUCGCGGCCAAGUUUGCCGAGGGCGUCGGCUUCGUCGCCGCCCUCUCUCUCGGCGUGGGCAUCCUGACGGAGGCGUCGCUCUCGUCGGUCAUCCUCGGCGGCUUCAAGAACGUGUGCGCGCUCGCGCUCGAGGCCGACUUCAUCGAGUUCCCGCAGGUCGAGAAGAUCAAAGAAUUUGUCGACGACCCGGAGGCGUGGUGCGCCAAGUACGGCGGCGGUGGCGGCGGCGGCGGCGGCGGCGGCGGCGGCGGCGGCGGCGGCGGCGGCGGCGCGCCGGCGCCUGCGGCGGCCAAGGCGCCGGAGCCGGAGCCCGAAGAGGAGGAGGAGGAGAUGGGUUUCGACCUGUUCGACUAG